CGCUGCUGCGCUUCGACGUUGCCCCAGUUGGGCUCGAUCGCCCUCGGCGGGUGUGAGAAUUGGCAGCGGAGGCCGGGACCUGCGCCGACCCCUACCCGUGGCCCCCUUCUCUUCUCAUUCGGGAGCUCGGAGCACAAUGGCUGACAACACAAGCAAGCCCAGCAAACAUGCGAUCAAAACGCCUUCAAAGUCUCCUGCAGAUCCCUCAAAAGAAAAAGCUGCCAAAAGGUUGUCCUGUGAGUCAAACAGCUCCCAUGAAGGGGCCAGUGGGCAUGAGCUAAGCGCUCUAGAAGACGCUUUCAGGAAAUUUGCCAUCCAUGGGGACACACGAGCCACAGGAAAAGAGAUGCAUGGGAAAAACUGGUCCAAGUUGUGUAAGGACUGUCACGUGAUCGAUAGCAAGAAUGUGACUCUCACGGAUGUUGACAUUGUCUUCAGCAAAAUCAAGGGAAAAUCCAGGACAAUUACUUUCGAACAGUUUAAGGAAGCACUUCAGGAACUCUCCAAGAAACGGUUCAAAGACAAGAGUAACGAAGAAGCCGUCCAAGAAAUGCACAAGCUAAUUGAAGGGAAAGCCCCAGUCAUAUCUGGAGUUACGAAAGCCAUUUCAUCUCCGACUGUCUCGCGUCUUACAGACACAACCCGUUUCACGGGUUCCCACAAAGAGAGAUUUGAUCCAACAGGGAAGGGCAAAGGCAAAGCUGGGCGUGAAGAUCUGGUUGACACAUCUGGUUACGUCUCCGGGUACAAGCACGCUGGCACGUAUGAUCAGAAAGUGCAAGGUGGCAAGUGAGCUUGAAGACUGGACGGGCAAAGGUGUACCUGCGAGGGGGAGCCAACGGCGCCUCUCCGGUUUUUCCGUUCCUCCAAAUGCCUCAAAGACAGUGCCGGCAACCUGGGGGUCGGAAUCCGUUUUGACAUCGACAGAGACUCCUGCAGCAAUGCACCACUUCAUUACAUUCCUCAUGCUUUACGGCAGUGAAAAGGAAGCGGCAAAAAGCGUCCUGAAGCAAGAAGCCACCUCCAAGGGCUCUCUCACCACCCCCUCGUCCAUCCUGGUAGCAAAUUGCAAGUGUUCCUACGUGUCCAGUUGUCCAUCUUGCUCUUUCGGCUGUUGUGGCAAACCUUUUCUCUCAAGAAUGGAGGCUUUUCAGGGAGAGCAAUGUGUGCCGGUAGCUUUUCUAAGAAGAAUCCAGUUGCUAAAUUAGAUUAUUUAUUAUUGAACAAUGUCUUAAAAGGGGACAGACACUCCAACCUUUAUUAAAUUGCUGUUUACUUCUUCUUUUUGGUAAAGGUGCUAUCCUGGAAAAACAAAUACAUUUAUUCCACCCCAUUUGUGAACAGCAAUUAAUUUAAAAGCAACAACUACUAUUCCUCACCCCCACCCACCCCUUCAAGUCUCCCACAUGCAAACCAUGUGUCACUGAAGCUAUGGGUAACAAAAUACUAACAGAAGGAAAUGUGGAAAUUAUUGUGGAAGACUGGUGGGAAAUGUCACUGUUGAUUGCAAUAUUGAAGUUUGCGGUGCCUCAAACUGGAAGUCAGAAGAGCAUUUAAGGUUACGUUGGUUUAUUCUUAAACAAAGUUACAUUUUAUAGUAAAUGUCACAAACUGGGUUUCCACUUAGUUAGGCUGUACAGUGCAAUGUACAAAUGGACACUUCUAGAAGAUUGCAUCGGCUAUGAAAUAUAGCAGUUCAGCAUCCCAUAACUGAUCACUUAAAAAUAUUAUGCACUGAAACGCUCUCCUCUGUUUGCAUUAUUUGUUUAAACAAUAUUUUGAUUUAUAAAAUUGAUUAAAUAAUUCUUUCCGUCUUCCAGUUGCAAAAUAAAGGAACUCGGUUGUUCUCUCAUUCACUGCACUGCAAAUUGGGCAUCAUUUCAUCAUCAAAUUGUACUGGUGGAAAGCAAAGGUAGAAAAGGUCAAAUGUAAAUUCGUUGGGCAGUAUCCAACAGUGACAUUCCCCAAACCCCAAUAGCAUAAACAGAGCUCUGCUGAAUCUUUAUGGUAUGCAA